AUGAGUGUUCAUGUCGCUACUGUGAAAGUUGCUGAAGCAACUGUGCCAGCACCGACGAUAACCGACUCUGGAGUUCAUAUACAAGCUAUGUCCAGUGAAAGCAGGGCCUGUCUGAAGAGCAGCCACAAACAAAAGAAAAUCACACAGACUCGCAAGAGAAAAGUUCUGUGGCCUCAUGGAGUGACAAAGCCAAAGGAAUUGAACAAGAGAUCAUGGGAUAGUUUCGUGUUGGGGCAAUUCUACCACGAACCACCCUCACAAGGCACUAUUUUUAAGAUCGUGAAUGGCAUCUGGAGCAGAAACCGCAGAGACAUAACGGUCUCCAAGAUGGAGGGCUUUGCAUUCUUGUUUAGAAUCUCAAAUGCAUCCACACGGAACCAUGUCAUCAAGCAGGGCCUAUGGCAGAUAGAGGGUCAGACGAUGUUUGUUGACAAAUGGGAACCAGGAGUCGUCCCCGCGAAGCCUGAACUCUCUGAGGCGCCAAUUUGGCUUGAGCUGCGAAACGUUCCACUCCAAUUCUUCAAUGAGGACGGACUAGAACGUAUUGCAGGUCUCGUGGGUCACCCAAAAUAUCUUCACCCUAACACAGCAAAUAAGACGGUGCUUGAUGUGGCAAAAGUAUUCACGGUGAUUGAUCCAAGAAAGCCACUACCAGAGGCAGUGAACGUGCAGUUUGACUCGGGGGACAUUGCGAGGAUCACAGUCUCGAGUCCUUGGAUGCCUCAUGUAUGCGAGAUUUGUCAUGAAAUAGGGCACACCACAAAACGAUGCAAACAAGCGCCCAUCACCUGUGCAAAUUGCAGAUCAUCUACUCACACCACUGACCGCUGCACUCGUACGAAGCUACCUGAUGCUAAGCGGAAGACCUCUCGCAGAUUCAAGAAUGAUGCACCAGCUCAGAUAUGGCAACCAUGCAAAACUCUUAUUCAAGAUACUCCGGCUCAGAAUACCAAAGCUGUAGCUGCUGCUCAGUCCACUAAGACUAUGCUUCUUCAGGGUGACAGUAGCGGUCUUACUCCUGCUCAGAAAUCCUCUCAGUCAGCUACUCAAGAAAUAGAACCUGAAGGUACUGAGGAUGGAAAGUCUUCUGGUCUGGAACCGGACUCUUCCGAUACAUACUCUACUGAAUUCGAGGAAGAUCCUCACCGCAUCGGAUUUAGGAAAUGGUGGAAGAAAAACACACCUCUUUUUGGAGGUAUCAUUGAGACCCAUGUGAAGCAGCCGAAGCACCAGAAGUUUGUGAGUGGAAUUCCACCUGGCUGGGGGUCUGAUGACAACUACUUAUUUUCGAAAUUAGGAAAGAUUUGGGUUGUUUGGCACCCAUCUCUCAUUGUAUCUGUGAUUAAUAAAUCGCUACAGAUGAUCACCUCUGAAGUAACCUUCCCAAACCAGUCCAACAACUUCAUCAUCUCUAUUGUUUAUGCAUCGAAUGAUGAGGAUCAGAGGAAAGACCUAGGGAAGGAGCUUUUAUACCUGAAAUCGGACCCCAGAAUCCUCAACAAACCAUGGAUAGUUAUGGGCGAUUUCAACCAAAUACUCAACCCCGACGAACAUUUGAGGCCUCUCUCUCUAAAUGUUGAUGCUAAGAUGAGACUGCUCAGAGAGACCCUCCUGGACACUGACCUGGGGGAUCUAACGUUCAGAGGACCGAAGUUCACAUGGACCAACAAGAGCAAGACAAACCUGAUUGCAAAGAAGCUUGAUAGGGCUCUAGUAAAUGAAGAAUGGCUGAACUUAUUACCAUCUUCUUAUGCGAUUUUUGGCGAACCAGACUUCUCUGACCAUGCAGUUUGUGGAGUGGUGUUUCAGCAAAACUCUAUCCGAGCAAAAAGGCCUUUCCUCUUUCACAACUAUCUGCUGCAUAACGAAAACUCCCUUGAAUUCCUCACCGAACUUUGGUAUUCUGUGGGAGUGGGUGGUUCAGCAAUGUUUAGGCUAUCAAAAAAGCUUACACUGAUUAAGAAUGGGAUAAGAAGCUUCUGCAAAGCCAACUACUCAAACUUGGAAAAGCGGGUGGAGGAAGCACACUCCUGUCUCCUCACUGCUCAGAACAACCUCUUGUCCAACCCGACAACUGUUAAUGCUGAGGCAGAGGCCUUAGCGCUUGAAGGUUGGUUGAUUCUAUCUAAAGCCGAAGAGCACUUUCUCCUGCAAAAAACCCACAUCACGUGGAUCCAAGGAGGUGAUUGUGGCUCUGCUUACUUUCAUAGGCUCUUAUCAACCAGAAGAUCGAUCAACUAUAUCCACUUCCUCAAAGAUGACCACGGCAAUCGGGUAGAAGGACAUGAAAAUAUUCAAAAUCUAUUCAUUGAGUACUUCUCAAAGCUAAUGACUGAGGAACUAGCUACCCCGUUGUAUGACCCGCAAGACCUCUCUAUCCUCAUGCCUUACUGA